AUGUCUCAAUAUACAAUUAAUGAUCGAAUCUCUACAAAAGAUGGUUACUUAGCGACAAUCAAGUUUGUGGGCCAUAUUGCUCCAUGGGGAGACCAAAUUCUCGCUUACGGACUCGAAUGGGAUGAUGCAACACGAGGCAAGAAUAAUGGUUCAGUCAAUGGCAUAUCCUAUUUUAAGCCAACCAUCUCGAACCUGGCAUCAUUUGUUAAAUCUACAAACAAAACUAUUACUUGGUCGAGGCAAUCCUUUGUCGAGGUGGUUCAAUCGCAGUAUUUAAACACAGAAUAUCAUGAUCAAGAGAUCAAAUUUGGACUGAAGAUUUUGAAAGAAACGGGGUUGGAAGAGUUGAAUCGUCGAUAUAAAAAUUUGGAAAGCAUCAAAUCAUUGAGUCUUGACCAUUGUUUGAUUUGGAAAGCAUGGAGUAACAAGGAAGAUGAACUGAUCGAGGGAGGAGUAACCGAUAAGGUUUUUACUGGGUUGAAGAGUUUGCAUCGAUUGGAUUUGAGCUCUAAUUUGUUUAGUGACUUUGAACAAGUGACUAAAAUUAUAGCUAGGCUCCCUGCUUUGGAAGAGUUGAUUUUGAAUGGCAAUAGAUUUACCCUACUGCUGCUCCAGCUGAGCUGUCCGAAGAUUAUGCUGAGUGACACCUUGGUCAGACUUAAGUUGGCAUCAACUUUACUACCGGUAGAUAAAGUUAAUCAAUUAGCAACUAAGUUCCAGGAGUUAAAGGAAUUAAUUCUUUCGGCAAAUGACUAUGAUAAUGAAUGCAUCGCCAAAUUGAGUUUUGUUCAAAACCCACAAUUGCAUUAUUUAGACUUGUCAUAUAAUAAAUUGCAGCGUAUACCUAGAUUGGGAAUUUUAAAAGAAGUGAACUUGUCCCAUAACGAAAUUUGCAUCUUACAAGAGCAGACAUUGGAUAUAUCCAAUCGCGUAGAAGCGCUAGAUUUACGACACAAUUGUAUAUCGUCUUGGAAAGAAAUUGACACGCUCGCCUCCGUUGCAAAGAACUUGAAGAGGCUUCGAAUCAAUCACAACCCUUUAUUUGAUGAUAUAACAAUUGAUGAUAUGACUGUACAAUUGAUUGCUAGAUUCCAAUGUGGUCCAAGCAAUUUGAAUGAAUUAAAUGGCUCUAAGUUGAGCUUGAGCGAAAUUGAAAAUUCAGAAUUAUAUUUCAUAUCAAAAGUACAAUCUGGUGAAUACCAGAUGCCAAAUGAAGAUCGAUGGACACAGUUGUUGAGAAAAUAUAAUAAGCAUGCAAUCAGAGAAGAGCAACCUACAUUCAAGCCGUGGCUCAAACUAAGCUUACUGGUGUUUGAUUCUGGCAACCACACGGAACCGAAGCAUUACCGGUUUUUGAAAUCUGCAACAGUUUUAAGCUUUAAGGGAAGUAUCUCAAAACUACUAUUGAAUAAUAUGUCUAUUCUAAAGUUCAAAGUUUUUUACUACACAAACGAGGACAGCGAAUUUGCAGUUAAACACGAAAUCGAUAAUUAUAUGGCGACUUUGAACGAUUUCGCUUUCUCUGAAGGUCAAAAGGUUUAUAUUUCUGUGCGCUAA